GCUUCAGCGCUAGAACAGGGGGUCCCCACAAUUGUCACCCCCGGGGACGCUCGGUGGCUCCCGGUUCGCUCGGUGGAUCCCGGUUUGUCACUCCCGGGGACGCUCGGUGGCUCCCGGUGUAGCCGUGCCCGGCUCGGCCGCCGCGGCCCCGCUGCCCUCAGAGGGGUCCGGGGGUGUCGCGGCCUUUGCUCCGCUCGGUUCCUCCCGAGGUGUCCCCGUGGUGUCCCCGAGGUGUCCCCCGGGUGUCCCCGAGGUGUCCCCGAGGCCAGGCGGUCCCGCUGCCCCACGGCCACCCCGGGCCCGUCCCUCGUAUCGCUUUAAGGCCGCGAUCCCCGAACCCACCCGGGCCGGGCCGGGCCCGCCGCAGCAACGGGAAGUGAGGGGGGAGAGCGCCGGGGAGGCCGCGGAAGGUGAAGGAGCAGCCGGAGGUGUCGGGGAGCCCCCCGGAAUUGGGUGAAAAAAGGGGGGAAAGAGUAAAAAGGCAGCGGAGGAGCUGGUGGCCAUGGGGGACAGCGGGGUCCCCUCGGCGUGUCCCCAGCAGGAUCGGGAUGUGGCGCUCCCGGAAUGCGGCGACGGUGGAGCCGAGACCCUGCGGAAUUCCUCGGCUGCUUCCAUGGAUUCCCAGAGCAGCAGCGAGCCCCCGGCCCUGGAUGGUUUCCCCCUGAAACAUUCCAACACCUUGACCAACAGACAGCGAGGCAACGAGGUGUCAGCGCUGCCGGCCACGCUGGACACGCUGUCCAUCCACCAGCUGGCUGCCCAAGGGGAGCUCAUCCAGCUGAAGGAGCACCUGAGGAAAGGUGAGAAUUUGGUGAACAAACCCGACGAGAGAGGCUUCACCCCCCUGAUCUGGGCUGCAGCUUUCGGGGAGAUCGAGACCGUCCGGCACCUCCUGGAAUGGGGUCACCUGGCAGUGUCCCCCGGCCGUGGCUGUCCCCAGGGCGCUGACCCUCACGCGCUGGCCAAGGAGAGGGAGAGCGCGCUGGCCCUGGCCAGCAUGGGCGGCUACACCGACAUCGUCACCAUGCUGCUGGACAGGGACGUGGACAUCAACACCUACGACUGGAACGGGGGCACGCCCCUGCUCUACGCCGUGCGCGGGAACCACGUCAAGUGCGUGGAGGCCCUGCUGGCCUGCGGCGCUGACCUGACGGAGGAGGCGGAUUCGGGAUACACCCCCAUGGACCUGGCCGUGGCUCUGGGACACAAGAAAGUCCAGCAGGUGAUGGAGAACCACAUCCUGAAGCUGUUCCAGAACAAGAAGAAGAAGAAGUGAUUCCCGGGAUCACCACGGCCUCAUCCCACCAGGAGAAAUCCGGGAAUUUCUGCCCUCUGUGCACGGCUGCCAUGCCUGAAAUCCAGGGACACUCAUUCCAGCCCUGGCUGGGCCCGGCUGCCAUUGGAAGCAAACUCUUAAUUGGAAUUAAAUU